CGCAUGCCUCGGAAACGACAAUGAAGAAGACGCUGCGCAGCCGUUCGCCUCUGUUCGCUUGAUUGAGAAAGGCCUGAAUUUAACUAUUCACUCGGAAGACAAAGCCAGAAUGAGAGCCGGCUCAAAGCGCAGAACUUCUGCUGUAAACGACGACAGUCAGAGGGGCCAGAUUUCGGAACCGCAUCCUAUCUACUUUCGGCAUGGACGACCACCUGCGGGUUCUCCGAGCUUGGAGGGCGGGAUUCCACACUUCUACAUGUUCCGCCUUUCACACGUGGGUCUCUGUGCUGCCAUCAUCCUCCUCGCCACCUUCGCCCUCUUGCUCGUGUGCGCCAUCUUGUUUCCCGUGCUUCUCAGCUCACCCCCACAUGGUGGCCAAGAGGACGAGCUUGGCGUCACCACCAUGACCGCCAUCAGCAGCAGCAGCAUUCCGCCAGAGUGCGUAGACAAGCCCUGCCUGCCUGAGUCAGCCCAACCCAUAGUUUAUAAAAGCAAUAUCUGUGGUAACGUUCUGCCCCAUAAUGCCGUUACAGCCUUGUACUUUAAGGCCAAGCCUCAGGGACUGUUCAGCUGGCAGGUGCCACCGUGCAGUGAUUUCUACAGCUUUGUGUGCACCGAGGACCUGCUGAACCGGACGUACCCGCAGUGGUUGCCUUACAAGCAUGCCAGCGUCGCGUACCUGUACCGUUCGGCACUGCGCUACGUCCGAGAAGAUGCGAAGAACAUGCGGAUCAUGGACACCGCUCUGGCUGAAGUGACUAGCUUUGUGCACAACUGCUCCUCUACCCGAGCACGCCAACCGGACCUGGAGGCUGGACGAGGCGGUCGCACUCUCCCUGAGACUCCUGGACGUUGCGCCCUUCUUCCACCUCCAGCUUCCCGACUGCCCAUGCAGAGUACCAGGAAGUUCUGCUGACAACGCGUAGCCCCCUUGUGCCCCGUCUCGAGUUGUACGAAGCGAGCAAGCAACUGGACCGUCUCAUCAGCACCUGGUGGACGCUGAGGACUCUGAUGCCGUCGCUCAGGCAGCAAACAAUGACUGACGUGGAGGCUACCCUCAGCAUAUUCAAGGACAUC